GUAAUAGUCUCAUCGCCGUUGAAAUCGGUAUUGGAGUUACUGUUUAUGGAGUUCUGAUUAGUUUUCUUACCCUUGGUAAUAGUCAUGUCGCUAGAGUCGCCGUUGGAGUCGCAUUUUUGGAGUUACUAGUUAGUUCCCUUACUCUUGGUACUGUACUAUUUCAUCGCAUUCGUGUUCGCUUUUUCUGUGCG